AACAAUGGAGGGGGGGUAAAGACAGGGGGCUGUGCCGAAGAAGCUUCAAUUAUAUAUCUGUCCGGGACAAGGAGGUGACCAUGGGAACGGAAAUAAGAACUAUAAGAAACCUGAGAGUGCAGGUGUGAUGCCUUCGAGUUGAGAUAAGACAAGGAGCGCACAGGAGAAGCCUCUCACUGAGGCUGCUGCUCCCUUUGUCUCACCAUGGACCUGCCAUCCUUACUGCUGUGUAUACUGGUGGAGUUACUGGCUGUGAAUUGUUUAGACAUGGCAGAGGAGCGAAUAGUGGGCGGAUACGCACCGGUCCCACAUUCAAUCAAGUACAUUGUGUCGCUACAGACCACGGACCGCCAGCACAUCUGCGGGGGCACCUUGAUAAACAAGUACUGGGUGAUCACAGCGGCGCACUGUAACAUCGGGGUCGACAAAAUGAUGGUUGUAGCAGGAGACUACUCUCUGAGCAUCUAUGAGGGCACAGAGCAGGAAAUCCUGCCCCAGUUUCUGGUGCCCCACCCUGAGCAUGACGCCCUCAACAACAACAAUGACAUUAUGCUUGUUAAGCUGAGGGCCCCGGUCUAUCUGAACAGCUACGUCUCCAUCGCUCUGCUGCCCAAGCAGGACGCCUCCGUAGCGGAGGGACGGAUGUGCCGGGUGUCGGGUUGGGGAUACACCAGCUCCAGCGGAGGCCAGAUCCCCUCGACCCUCCGCACCGUCAAGAUCCCCGUCGUCUCCACGGAGAAGUGCAACAGCACGGAGUCCUUUUCCGGCACCAUCACAGAAACCAUGCUCUGUGCUGGUUUCAGCAAUGGUGGAAAAGAUGCCUGCAUGGGGGACUCUGGGGGCCCGCUGGUGUGUGAAGGGCGGCUCUACGGCGUGGUGUCCUGGGGGAGAGGGUGUGCCGAGGCCGGGUUCCCUGGAGUCUACACUGCCGUGUCCAAGUACCGCAGGUGGAUAGACGAGACCAUCUCCAGCUACUACGGCCGGUGUGACAACAACUAGGACGCAUCGUUGAAGAGACAAAGACAAAACACUCGGCAGAGACUGGAGGUUCUUCGGCUUGAUUUGAUGUGUGUCGUAUGUUCUCUUCAUCGUUUGUGCACGUUUGAUUUUAUGUUCAUGCGCUGAAGGAAUCGUUGAAACAUUUUUGGGAAACACAAUAAUUCACGUUCACGAUCAAGAGUUAAAUGAGAAGGUCGGGACCACUCGAUCAGCUAGCAGAGGUUUAGCGUAGCUUAGCAUAAGUCAAGAAACAGCUAAUAAGAUCUCGACCAGCAGCUCUGGAGUAUGCAAAUUAAAUUACCACACGGAAUGUGUUUCAUAGUUUAAAACCCAAAGUGACGACUUGACCAAAAGCGAUGUAUGAACUCUGCCUCCUCCAUGUUAGUGGAUUGGUCAAACUUAAACAAACUUAAAGUACACGUGAAUUAGAUGGUUUCUGUUAUUUGGGGUUUUUCAAGUGAUAAUUAUUCUGUAUAGUUUGGUUUUAAUUAGUUAUUUGAUGAUACGCAUUUUGGUCUCACUUUUGUACAGUUUACUUUGUCUAUGAUAAAAACAUAGAUUUAUGACUACAGGGUCAUGCCGGUGCUAAGCUAAGCAAACUCUCCAUCUCCAAGUGGAAUCAACUUUCUCGUCUUUGUGUCGCUCUAGAAAGUGAAAAAGCUAAUUUCCCAUCUUGUCCAACGAUUCCUUCAGGUUCACAAGCUUGAAUAUUUAUCGUUUUCUGUUGUUCAUCUAUUUAAAACGUUACAAAAACAAAACAUGAUGCUUAAUCUUAAACAGGGUAUAUAUUGACCACAUUACCACAACAUCAGGACAGAGGUGCCAUAUCGCUGCUUCAAGUGCUCACAAUCAGAGCACUCACAAAGAACCAGGUCCAACUGGUGCUACCACUGCAAUCAUAUGAGUCCAGUACAUUAUACAAAUAAUAAAAGAUUUGAAUUGAAGAUGAAAAUAAUGAAUCAUUGAAUGAGCUGAUGGGUAACUUUUGUUGUUUUUGUGGGUUUGUUUGUUUUUAUUUUGAACCCACUCUGAUAAUAGUGCACGCAGACAUGAAUGAUACACGGAUGGAUUGAUUUAUCCCUCAGACUCGUUUAAUCAAUAAAAAAGCCAUUAAAGAAUCAAUCUGAACUCUGUUAAUAAUAAUUCAAUAAUUAAGAAGCUGUUUGUCGUAGGUGAAUGAUUUCUGCCAAUUUCCCAUGGUUUAUCUGUGGACUCGUUUUCUCAUAAACCCGGCACUUUGCAAGAAGCACCUUUCAGUGUGAGU